AAGCGGCUGGGGAUGAUGAGGAGGCGGAGUCCGAGUCCGAGUCCGAGUUGGAGCAGGAGGGAAGAGGGGGAAGAGAAAGAUCCAUGACUCGCUUAAAUACACACACGGAACGGGAAGAGAAAGAGAAGCAAAAAUGGGUAAGGGUCCCUUCUCUUUCAAGUGCAGCAGCAGCAUCCGGCGCCGCCCCAAGAAGUUCAUUGGCCCUCCCCCUUCCCCUUUUCCCUCGCCGCCGCAGCCGUUUCGAUCUCCUCCGCCCUCCAAUGUCCAUAUCAACAAUACCAAUACCAACAACAAUAAUAAUAAUCUGAACGCGGUUGUUGCUGGCGGCGGUGGCGUGAAGGGGAAGAAGAAGGCCGGAGGAGCCAGUCUUUGGAUGCGGUUUGACCGCUUUGGCGGAUCAGAGCUCGUCGAGUGUGACAAGAAUGCUAUUAUUCGACGCGCUGCCAUUCCCGCCCGGGACUUGAGGAUUCUCGGCCCUGUCUUCUCCCAUUCCUCCAGCAUCCUUGCUAGGGAGAAGGCCAUGGUGGUUAAUUUAGAGUUUAUAAAGGCUAUAGUUACAGCGGAAGAGGUUUUGUUGCUUGAUCCUCUUCGGCAGGAGGUUCUUCCAUUUGCGGAUCAGCUAAGGCAACAACUUCCUCAGAAAAGGCAAUCCAGGAUAGAAGAAGCAAGUCCACUAGAUGAACAAGGUAGUGGAAUGAAUGUUUCAACCGGAAGGCAAUGGUUACCUGUUCCCGAAGUCGUUGAAGGUGUGCAGUGUGAUCUCCCAUUUGAGUUUCAGGUUCCGAAGAUUGCAUUAGAAGUCGUCUGCACAUACUUGAAUUUUAGUGUGGCAGACCUUGAGCGAGAAGCCUACCCUGUUUUAGAUGAACUGGCUAGAAAUGUUAGCACCAAAAACCUUGAACUUGUGAGGAGUUUGAAAAGCAUUCUUACGCGUUUGCUUGCACGUGUACAGAAGUCGCAUGGAAAUACAUGGCCACCACCUUUUCAAGAGGAGGAGAUACCGGAAUUGUAUUCAUCAGUGUUGGGACUGAAAUUUUUGGUACUUUGGAGGAGACAUACAUAGAGAAUGCAGUGUUGGUGACCAAAGGCAGAGAAGUGAAAUAUAAAACAAUGCUUCGUUUGGUAGCUAGUUUGCACCUUUCCAGCAACAUGUUAUCUGGAGAAAUCCCUAAAGAGCUGACCAGCCUCAUUAGCUUAGAAAUGUUGAAUUUAUCUAAUAAUCUUUUGACCGGAAGAAUCCCUUGCAAAAUCGGUGAUAUGGGAACAUUAGAGUCGCUUGAUUUGUCCGUGAACCAACUUUCUGGCGAAAUUUCUCUAAGCGUCUCUAAUUUGACAUUUCUCGAUUACCUGAAUUUGUCCUAUAGCAAUCUGAUAGGGCAGAUUGCAAAAAGCGUUCAGCUUCAAAGCUUUGAUCUGUCCAGUUAUGCUGGGAAUAAACUUUGCGGACCUCCAUUGCUGGAGCGCUGCAGUACAAAUGAGGCCAUGCCACCGGUAGGUGAUGAGAAGCGCGAAGAAGGUCAUUUACUUGAAGAUGGUGGGUUCUAUCUGAGCUUGGGGCUCGGAUUUGCAUUCGGGUUUUGUAUUGUUCUUGGUUCAUUGAUGUCCAAUGUGCCGUGGAGCAAUGCAUUUUCUCAGUUCCAGAAUAACAUUGUGAAGAAGCUCUAUGCUGCAAUCGUUGAACGUUAUUAACUAUUUUGUGGCAUAGUUUUUUAUCUUUUCCUUGGUUUUCAUUUUUCCAGUACAAAAUUGUAAGAUUUGCUUUAUAAAAUUGUAAGAUUUUCCUUGUUGAA